AUGUCUUCCUUCAAAGCUUAUGGCAAAGUCAGUGAAUCCGACCAAGCCAAGCUCGACGCUCGUCGCAAGACUUGCAAGAGAGUCGCCAUCAUAUCCAUUUCCUCCAUAGUUCUUGUCUGUGUCGUCGUCGCCGCCGUGGUUGGAACCGCUACUCAUAACUCCAAAAAAGGUGACGACAGUGGCAAAGGGACGCUUUCCGCAUCCGUCAAAGCCGUUUGUGACGUGACACUGUACCAGGACUCGUGUUAUUCUAGUCUUGGUCCUGUUGUCAACACCAGCAAUUUUAAGCCUGAGGAUCUCUUCAAGUUGUCGAUUCAAGUGGCGAUUGCGGAACUAUCCAAAGCCGCCGCUCAAAUUUCGGAUCAAGGGCUCUUCAAUGGUACUGUCACGGACAAAUUGUCAGUGGAAGCUUUGAAAAACUGUGGAGAGCUUCUUGGUCUUGCCUUGGAUCAUCUCAACGAGUCGUUGUCUGGGGAUGGUUCCUUGCUUGAAGUGGUUGAAGAUCUCAAAACAUGGUUGAGCUCUGCAGGAACUUACCAGCAGUCAUGUGUAGAUGGGUUUGAUGAUGCAAAAGGAGAGCUCAAGGAUACAAUUGAAAAGUAUCUCAAGACUUCUACUGAGCUAACUAGUAACAGCCUUGCCAUUGUCUCUUGGAUAUCGAAAGUAGCUAACUCUGUGAAGCUAAGGCGGUUGCUGAGUCAAGACGGUACCGCGACUAGCCAUGGCAUCCCCGAGUGGCUGCACCAGACAGACCGGAGGCUAAUUGAAAGUUCUGAUUUGAGGAAGAAGGCCAGCAUUGUUGUGGCGAAAGAUGGGAGUGGUAAGUACAAGACAAUAGGUGAUGCACUCAAGGCUGUGCCGGACAAAAGCAAGAAGAGAACAGUCAUCUACGUGAAGAAGGGGGUUUAUUUCGAGAAUGUUCGAGUCGAGAAAUCCAAGUGGAAUGUUGUAGUGGUGGGCGAUGGAAUGACUGCAACGAUUGGGAAGGGAUUCGUUGCUAGAGACAUUGGAUUUCGUAACACAGCUGGAGCAGCCAAGCACCAGGCGGUAGCACUAAUGUCGAGUGCUGACCAGACGGUGUUCUACAGAUGCCGCAUCGAUGCGUUCCAGGACUCGCUCUACGUUCAUGCCAAUCGCCAAUUCUACCGAGAGUGCGACAUCUACGGAACAGUUGAUUUCAUUUUUGGAAACUCAGCAGUAGUCCUCCAGAACUGUAAGGUGUUCCCCAGGGUACCAAUGACUGGCCAGCAGAACACAAUCACGGCACAAGGCAAAAUCGACCCUAACCAAAACACAGGAAUCUCAUUUCAAAACUGCACCAUUUCGCCUUUCGGGGACUUGUCUUCGGUCAAGACUUACCUCGGGAGGCCUUGGAAGAACUACUCCACAACUGUGUACAUGCAGACAUUCAUGGGAAGCUUGAUUCACCCAGAUGGAUGGUUGCCAUGGGUAGGCACAACGGCACCUGACACCAUUUUCUACUCCGAGUAUCAGAAUUUCGGACCUGGUUCUGUGACAAAGAAUAGAGUUAAGUGGAAGGGCUUGAAAACAAUCACCAGCAAAGUGGCCAGCAAAUUCACCGUGCACUCAUUUCUUCUGGGAUCCAAGUGGAUCUCCGAUGCGAGUGUUCCAUACAAGUCCAAACUAUGA